GAACUGCGCCGUCACUUGCGACUGCUCCCUAGGUCCCGGGAAGGAGGGCGCCAGUCCGGCUGAGGCGGUGGCUGGCGGAGACGGACCCGGAGGGGCGGGGGCGGCGUGGAGGAGGCAGAGGCCGGCGGUCAGCCUCGCUCCAGCUCGGUGGCCAUGUCCCGCCAGGCGAAGGACGACUUUCUGCGGCACUACACAGUCUCCGAUCCCCGGACCCACCCCAAGGGCUACACCGAAUAUAAAGUGACCGCGCAGUUCAUCUCAAAGAGGGACCCAGAGGAUGUCAAAGAGGUGGUGGUCUGGAAGCGGUACAGCGACUUCCGCAAGCUGCACGGAGACUUGGCCUACACCCACCGCAACCUCUUUCGCCGCAUGGAGGAGUUUCCCGCCUUCCCCAGGGCCCAGGUGUUCGGCCGGUUCGAGGCCUCUGUGAUUGAGGAGCGUCGGAAGGGGGCUGAGGACUUGCUUCGCUUCACGGUGCACAUCCCUGCGCUCAACAAUAGCCCCCAGCUCAAGGAGUUCUUCCGGGGUGGGGAGGUAACGCGGCCCUCUGACAUGUCCAGGGAUUCGCACAUUCUGCCACCCCCGCUGAUCCCCACACUGCCCCCUGAGGAGCCCUGGUUGCCCCAGCCGCUCCCUGCAGAGAGGAGAGGCCUUGAGGAACUGGAGGUGCCAGCGGAUCCCCCACCAUCCAGCCCUGCUCAGGAGGCUCUGGAUCUCCUCUUUAACUGUGGGAGCACCGAGGAGGCAUCCAGUUCCCCUGCCCGAGGCCCCCUCACAGAGGCUGAGCUUGCCCUCUUCGACCCGUUCUCCAGGGAAGAAGGUGUGGGCCCCAGUCCAACCCACAUGGGUGAGCUGGCAGCCAUGGAGGUAGAGUCUGAAAGGCUGGACCAGGAGCCCUGGGAGCCCGGAGGGCAGGAGGAGGAAGAGGAGGAAGGACGACCCGUCCCUGCCUAUCUGAGCCAAGCCACAGAGCUCAUCAGCCAGGCUCUGCGGGAUGAGAAGGCAGGUGCCUACCCUGCAGCCCUGCAGGGCUAUCGGGACGGCGUGCACAUCCUGCUGCAGGGGGUUCCCGGUGACCCAUCCCCUGCCCGCCGGGAGGGUGUGAAGAAGAAGGCAGCCGAGUACCUAAAGCGGGCAGAAGAAAUCUUGCACCGGCAUCUGUCCCAACUCCCACCCUGAGAGGGCGUGAACCCCUAUGCAGGACUAGCUCCAGCACUGCCAGCCUUCCCCUCUUACCAUCCCUGGGGCCCGACCCUAUAUCCUGGUCUUGUAACUCUAGGGUCAUUUCUGUAUGUAACUGGACCAAGAAUGAGACAAAUAAUGAAUCUGAAGCUCCUUGACGACGUCUGCCACCUUGGAAUCAGGGACUCAUCCUUGUGAUCCUGUCUAUCUUGUGUGAGCAGCAUCUCUGGUCCUAAACUUAGCCAUCUAGAACAGGGUUCUGCAAACUAUGGCCAGCAGCCACGUUUUGCCUACUGCCUUUUUCUGUAAGGUCCAUGAGCUAGAAAGGUUUUUACAUUUUUUAAUAAUUGAAAAAAAUCAAAAGAAUAGUAUUCUGGGACAGGUGAAAACGACAUCAAAUUUCAGUAUCUAAAAAUAAAAUGUUGUGGAACAGAG